AUGCCAUCCAGAACCGUCCGCACCAUCGCCGACGUGCCCCCCAUCGGCGACCUCUACCGCGCCGGGCGCCUCCCCCUCCCCUCGGACUCCUCCUCCUCCUCCCCCUUCCAUAAGCCCUCGCAGGACAUCAACCGCCGCGUCAGCCUCCUCCGCACAGACAUCACCGCCCUCGCCGUCGACGCCAUCGUCAACGCCGCCAAGAACUCCCUCCGCGGCGGCGGCGGCGUCGACGGCGCCAUCCACGCCGCCGCCGGCCCCGGCCUCGUCCGCGAGUGCAUCGCCCGCUACCCCGACGGCUGCGAGACGGGAGACGCCGUCAUCACCGCCGGCCACGGCCUCCCCGCCCGCAACGUCAUCCACACCGUCGGCCCCGUCUACCGGGGCCAGGCCGCCAGCGAGCCCCUCCUGCGCAGCUGCUACCAGGCAUGCCUGCGCGUCGCCGUCGACAACGGCUGCGCCACCGUCGCCUUCAGCGGCAUCAGCACCGGCGUCUACGGCUACCCCUCCGACAAGGCGGCCCACGUGGCCUGCGGCGUCGUCCGGGACUUUCUCGAGCGGCAGGAUGCCGAGGGCAAGAUCCAGCGCGUCAUCUUUGUCACCUUUCUCGACAAGGACGUGAAUGCAUAUAACUCCAUUCUUCCGUAA